AGUAUCACUUGAAAGAAAAUGGCAAAACCAAAUAAGGAAUGGGUUGUGGGAAUCGACCUUGGCACAACAUAUUCAUGUGUUGCUGUGUGGCUUGAAGAACACUCUCGAGUGGAGAUCAUUCACAAUGACCAAGGCAAUAGAAUUACGCCUUCUUGUGUGGCUUUCACAGAGAAUCAAAGAUUGAUUGGUGAUGCUGCUAAGAAUCAGGCUGCUAUAAAUCCAACCAACACUCUCUUUGAUGUGAAAAGGUUAAUCGGCAGAAGAUAUAGUGAUCCCAUUAUUCAGGACGAUCUAAAGUUGUGGCCAUUUAAGGUCAUUGCUGAUUCUGAUGAAAAACCCAUGAUGGUUGUUUCAUACAAGGGUCAGGAGAAACAAAUCUCAGCUGAAGAAAUCUCAUCUAUGGUCCUUACAAAGAUGCGGGAGAUUGCAGAAGCGUACUUGGAAUCAGAGGUUAAGAAUGUUGUGGUUACCGUGCCUGCUUAUUUUAAUGAUUCUCAACGACAAGCAACGAAAGAUGCUGGUACCAUUGCUGGCCUCAAUGUUAUGCGGAUAAUCAAUGAGCCCACGGCUGCUGCUCUGGCAUAUGGCCUCGACAAGAGAGCUAAUUGCGUCGGAGAGCGGAAUAUUUUCAUUUUUGAUCUUGGUGGUGGAACAUUUGAUGUGUCUCUGCUAACAAUCAAAGGUGAUGUGUUUGAAGUGAAGGCCACUGCUGGUGACACACACCUUGGAGGAGAGGACAUGGAUAACAGAAUGGUGAAGUACUUUGUUGAGGAGUUCAAGAGGAAGCAGAAAGUGGACAUAAGUGGGAACCCGAAAGCCUUGAGGAGGUUGAGAACUGCUUGUGAAAGAGCAAAAAGAACACUCUCAUUUGCUGUUGAUACCACCAUUGAGAUAGAUGCUUUAUCUGGGAGCAUUGACUUCUGCUCAUCAAUCACUCGUGCAAGAUUUGAAGAACUUAACUUAGACCUCUUUCAAAGGUGUUUGGAGACAGUAGAAAGGUGUCUUGUUGAUUCUAAGAUGGACAAGAGUGAUGUAGACGAUGUUGUACUGGUUGGUGGUUCUUCUAGGAUUCCAAAAGUACAGCAGCUAUUGCAAGACUACUUCAAGGGGAAAGAACUGUGCAUGAGCAUCAACCCUGACGAGGCUGUUGCCUAUGGAGCAGCAGUUCAGGCUGCUUUGCUGACUAAAGGCAACAAAUUUGUCCCCAACUUAGUGCUAUUAGAUGUUACGCCGCUGUCACUUGGUAUAUCUGUAAAAGGAGAUCUCAUGAGUGUCGUGAUUCCUAGGAACACCACCAUUCCUGUUGUAAAAAAGCAAGGAUAUAGAAGAGCCGAAGAUUUCCAAUCUGCAGUCUCUAUUGAGGUUUACGAGGGUGAAAGGACAAGAGCAAGCGAUAACAAUUUGCUUGGUUUCUUUAAUCUUAAUGGCAAUCCUAAAGCUCUUCGAGGCCAUCCUUUAACUGUAUGUUUCAGUAUAGAUGCCGAUGGUAUCCUAACUGUAAUUGCCGAGGAAGAAAGCAGUGGAAGUAAGAAUUGGAUUACCGUAACCAACGACAAGGGAAAACUAUCAACUCAACAAAUUAUGAGAAUGAUUCAAGAAGCCGAGAAGUACAAGGCUGAAGACCAGAAAUACGAAAAGAAAGUUAUGGCAAUUAAUGCUUUGGAUGACUUCGUUUACAAGAUAAGGAAUGCUAUAGAUGAUGUAGAUAAUCCACAGGAGAUAACGAAGAUCAACAUGGCUAUUGCAGAGGCCGAGCAAUUGCUUGAUGCUAGGGAGCAGAUUGAAACAGAGGUUUUUGUGGAUCAUCUGCACAAGAAGUUGUAUAUCCUUGAUCAUAUCAAAAAGAAAGGUGAAAAAAGAGAUAUGGAAAAUACCAAGAGGGUUUGUCCCAGCCAUCCAGAACGACAGAUGCAAUUGAAGCCACAAGGGUCAUCCUACAUAUGCAGUGGAUGUCGAGAAGUAGGGUUUGGACGCAGUUACCACUGUGAAAACAAGAACUGUGGUUACAUCCUCCAUGAAGAGUGUGCAACUGCUGUUUCCUUUGCCUUUCAUCGAUUUUUUCCCAGGAGCCACUUCGAGUUCUAUGAGAAAGCACCGGGGCACCGGGUCAGAUCCUGUGAUGCUUGUGGAAAUUAUGUUGUAGGGUUUGUGUACCAUUGCUCCAUUACAGAUUGUGAUCUACAUCCAUGUUGUUUAAACCUGAAAGAUAGCAUUUUUGAUGAAGAAGGGCUUGUGUCACUCGAACUGUGUCAGAAGGUUCCCUCAAAGUGUGUCCAGUGUAAGCAUAGGAAUGUUAUGGAUGGAAUCAGAGGUUGGUCUUAUGUAUCUUCAGAUUCUGGGGGGAAAUGUUGUUACCAUGUUUGGUGUUUUAAGCAACUGAUUCUUGAGAAUUUGAAUAAGGGCUAUUUUAGUAAUGAAACCAGUUCAAAUGGGAUGAGUGACAGGGAGUACUCUCAGCUUGCAGUGAGAAACAUGGACAUGGUACGAAGUAGAAGAAGUUCGACAAGGUUAGGGACAAUGAAGAAGUACACAAAGAUGGCUGUGUUGGUAUUUAAACUGGUAUUUUCAGCUGUGUUUGGAGACCCUAUAACUUCCAUUGCUUCUCUUGUGGAAGGCCUAGUUUCAGAUUAGGGGAUCCUACAAGUGUUGUCGUUUGGUUCUUAAAUUAUUGCCAUAAUCCUACUAGUGUUGAUUUGAUUUACCAUGAGUGCAGAUAUGAUGUUGAGUGAGAGUGUCCCAUAGAGUUCAAAUUGUUGUGGUUUUGAGAAUUUCCUGUAUUAAUAAAGUUCAAAUUCAAGCUCUGGAAGUAAUGGUUUUAUAAAGUAUAUGUAUGUUUGCAUGAAAAUGUUGCAGGUCAUGCAAACCAACUUCUUAAUUGUCA